CAGAGUUGACUGUAGCGCUCGAGCUCCAUUGAAAGUGGCUCCCCGGUUCAGAGACAGUGCUGGUGGACAAGGGGGCGGACCGGCGAGAGGAAACUUGACAGAAAACAAUAGCAGUCACUCCGCUGACCUCCACAGAACUGUUGUGACUUAUCACUGUUAACAUUUCUGAAGACAGUGCAACUGCGCUGGCUGACAGACGCGCUAGCGGUUGUGGCGGAGGCGCGCCCAGCGAAGGAAUAACGUUAGCAGGAAAACGGAGAGAAAGAUUGAGGUGAAGGCACGUUCUGGGAAAGAAGAAAAGGAGGGCAGCGACAAGCGGGCGGACUCAGCUACAGGUAGCCCCGCGUUAGCUGUCGUGGCAGAAGAUAUCAAAGUGCAGGCGGGUCAUGCGGAUUUCUCCGGUCGCUGGUCGGAGCGCCGCGUCGCAGCAAUAAACGGUGGGGAGAGAGAAGAAGAAGAAGAAGCAGAAAACAGAAGAACCACACCGCUUCUCUGCCGCUCUAUCAGCCCGUCCAAGCGGGCUUGUUGUCACAGGGAAGGGCAGCCAUGUCCCGGAGAAAGCAGAGCAAACCCCGGCAGAUAAAGCGUUCCCCCGGGGAUCUUGACGGUGGUGAGGAAAACACAGCGGACAACCUCAGCCUAUCGGGAGAAGAGGGAGGAGCCUCGGACGCAGAUUCAGCAGAGGGCGACAGCUCCAGCCCCCCGCCUUACACACCACUUUACAACGAAGAGCCCAGGACGCAAGACUCUCGAGGAGGCCCAGACGAUGAAGACGAGGGCGGGGAGGAGCGAGGUUCGACACACAGCGGCAGGGAGGAGCAAGAGGAGGGCGUGGAAGAGGAGGAGGUGUUACACUGGAAGGGUCCAGAUGACCUGGAGUUAAGUGAGGAAGGUGGUGACAGCAGGGUGGUGGCUGCCAGGGACCUCCAUCCAGACAUAACAUGGGGCCCCUACCCAGGAAUCCUUCAAUCAGAGGGCAGCACAGAUGAUCAGGAAACAGAGAACUCCAGGUUGACUCUGGUGUGUGAAGAUCCAGACUGUUGGAUUAGUCUGCUCCCUCUGACCUCUGACGCCUCAGCUGCCAACUGCACCAUCUACGGCCAAGGUGAGGAAUUGUUCUGUAAGGUGACCAGAGAGCUUGUGUCUGGUGAAAGGCUCUUGGCUUCCCUGUUGCCUCCUCCGGACUCCUCCUCCUCCUCCCCGUCGGCCCAGCUCUCUCCUCCGCUCAGCCUCGUCACUCAGAAACAACCUGUGGUAAAGGAGGAGCCGCUGUACCCUGCGGCGCUGCACUCAGACAUCCAGCUCCUCCCACAGCAAGCUGGCAUGGCCGCCAUCUUGGCUACAGCCGUUGUCAAUAAGGACAUUUUCCCUUGCAAGGACUGUGGGAUCUGGUAUCGCAGUGAGAGGAACCUGCAGGCACACCUUAUGUACUACUGCGCCAGCCGUCAGAAGCAGCCGGCUGCAGCCUCAUCCCCCCCACAAGACAAACCCAAGGAGUCCUACCCCAAUGAACGCAUCUGCCCCUUUCCACAGUGCAACAAGAGCUGCCCCAGUGCCAGCUCACUGGAGAUCCACAUGCGCACACACAGUGGUGAGCGUCCAUUUGUCUGCCUCAUCUGUCUGUCAGCCUUCACCACUAAAGCAAACUGUGAGCGCCACCUGAAGGUCCACACCGACACACUGAACGGGGUGUGUCAUGGCUGUGGCUUUGUCUCCACCACUAGGGACAUCCUCUACAGCCAUCUGGUCACCAGCCACAUGGUUUGCCAGCCUGGAUCUCGCAGUGAAGUCUACUCCCCAGGGCCAGGCCUUCCCAAGCUGCCUCUGUCCACUGGUCUCAGUCCAGGAGAUUCUGGUGUGGUGCUGAAGUGUCAAGUGUGUGGCCACAACUCUGACUCCCCUGCCCAGCUUCAGCAGCAUGUACGAACCCACCUAGAGGUCAGGGUCCCAGCCGAAAGGAGCCCCACCCCUCGCCAAAGUACCCCAUCAUCAGUUGACCACCCCCAGGUCCAGCUGUCCCCCGAUGAGAGGGAACCGCUAGCUUGUGUCCCCAAGCCAGACUCAUCCAGCCCGGGCGCAAACGGUGGCUCAGCAACGCCUCGAGACUAUAGUCCUCCUAAUGCCCCAGCCAUUGACCUAAAAAUAAAAGAGGAGCCUCAUUCAGAUACUGAAACAGAAGAGCAACAAAUGGAGAUUAAGGAGGAUGGAGAGGAGGAGGAGGUUGGUGGAGAGGAGGGUGAUCAAGAAGCAAGAAAAAAGGCGAUGGAAGAGCAGGUUGCCACCUCCUGUCAGACAUCAAACUCUCCAAAGAGUCCAGCUACCACAACUGUAAAGGCAGAACCAACUAGUCCCACCCCUGGUUCUAGCCCUGCCCAUGUGGGUGGUACAGGGUCAGUUCUCCCAGGAGGAGCAAUGUUCUUGCCUCAGUACAUGUUUAACCCAGAGGCAGCCAUUUUGCCUCAGGCUUCGGAGAUACUGGCUAAAAUGUCAGAGAUGGUCCACAGCCGUCUGAAACAGGGCCAGACAGUUCCUCAGAACAACCCAGCGGCCUUCUUCCCAUCUGGACCGACUCCACCUACAGCCACAGCCACUCCUCCUCACAAAGGAGCCACCUGCUUUGAGUGUGAUAUCACCUUCAACAACAUUAACAACUUCUAUGCACAUAAGAGGCUGUACUGCUCCAGUAGGCACCACGGAGAAGGUGCAACCUCAGCUUCAGGCCCUGGAUCAACAAGGGAUGCACCCCCAGCCACGGUGCCUUCUAGUGGGGCACAUGGCUCGACCGCAUCUCCUCAGGGUGGAGCAGCAAGUAGAGCAGCCUCUGCUUCUCCUUCUGACUCUGACCCUCCUGCAGGAAGUGGAGCACCAGAAUCUAGAAAGGUGGUGGAAGUGAAGACAGAAACCCCUGUGGGGAGAGAGGGAAUAUCUUCCUCUUCUGAAGGGGAAGGUGGAGGCGGAAGUGUGGGUGGAGGAGGUAGAGUAAGCGAAGGCAGCCAAAGUCCUGCUAGUGGUUCUGCAGAAGAUCUAGAAGACGAUCCCAACAGAACCUUUUGCGAGGCCUGCAACAUCCGCUUCAGUCGCCAUGACAACUAUACUGUUCACAAACGCUUCUAUUGUGCGUCCCGCCAUGACCCAUCCAAUCACCGAUCCAUACACAUGACCAAGGCAACCACCACAGCAGCCUUCCUUCCCCAGCCCAUCCGUACACGCAAGAGGAAGAAGAUGUAUGAGAUUCACAUGGCCAGAACUGAAGCCUUAGCUAACGCUGCUGCUGCUGCUGCCGCUGCUGCCACUGCUGCUGCUGCCUCUGCCCCGUCUCCCUCUGUUCUGGGCUUGGCAGUAAAGCAAGAAGUUUCUCCCAGUGCGGCAGGCAGCUCCAGCCCUGAAGGAGAUGGCCCGAUUGACCUGAGCAAGAGGCCACGUCUGAGAGAGGUUCCACGUCACAGCAGUAGCAGUAUUCUCCCUGCCCUGCCUCUUAGUGACUACCACAAGUGUACCGCCUGCAGUAUAAGCUUCAACAGCAUUGAGAACUACCUGGCUCAUAAAACGUACUAUUGCCCUGCCACCACCCUCCAGCCCCACACCUUGGAGCAGCUUCAUAGGCUCAAGAGAUCGGCCUCUACCUCUCCCAAAAGCAGGCCUCAGCAGGAGCGCCCAGAUCUUCUGCACCCUAUGGAGGCUAAAGCUCUCCCUGCCGAGUGGGUUGCCCAGGCUCAAGGCACAUCAUCUAGUCCUCACCCCUCUGCCUUACCUGCCUCCAACACCACAUCUCCGCCCCAUACGACCACCACACUUGCAGCCACCCCAGGAGCUGGAGCCAAAGGUGUAGGCACCAGUUCCCCUCAGGUGAUCUGCCCAUACUGCCCUAACAGGCUCAUCACCUGUGACCUGAUGGAGCACUUCAAGACUACCCACGGCCUGGUUGUAACCAUUCAGCCACCCCAGGAGGCCCUACCCCAGCCAGGCAGUGCAGUCAGCCGCAGCCCCAGCCUUAGUCCCGGGGAUGGAGCUACUGCAACCACUUCCACCACCCCAACCAGCCAGCCCAGACUGGUCCCCCGCGUGCACAGAGACAGCAUCAAUGGGCAGGCAAGGAGUGGUACAACUUCUCCUGUCUCCCCAAUGGUAAACGGCAGCCCUUCAGCUGGGGAUGGAUCACCUUUGGCCAGCUCACCUCUGCCUGUGUCUCCCCCAAGGGCUCCCUCUCUAACUUUGUCACCUGUGCCUGAGGUCCUGAGAGAGACGGUGGGGUCAUCCCAUCUUCCAAACAAGGCCACCCCAACCACGGCCUGCCAUCCUGUCCCCACACCCCAGCCUGCCCCCAUCACUGGCCCUAAAACCACAGUGAUCUCCCCUGUCCAGAACGGUAACUCCCGCUUCUGUCGGCUGUGCAACAUCAAGUUCAGCAGCCUCUCCACAUUCAUAGCUCAUAAGAAAUACUACUGCUCUUCCCACAGUGCAGAACACGUCAAGUGAGCCAAGCAAUUCUCCUCUUCCUCCCCCCUACCCUUCCUUUAUCUUUAUUCUGAGUGGAGGCUUUCCUUCCCUAAGUUCCAAGAAGCUCAGAUGUCCCUCCUCCUCUGCCAGUCCUCCUACAUGGGUGCCAAAAUGGCACUCAGCUGGCAUGAUCAUGAAUGACAAUGAAUGACUGUUACUCACCUGGCAGGGCCUGAUGCCCACUGCUCCAGAGCAGAAUUUGCAGGUGGUGUUACUAACAUAUAUUAACUGAUAUUCCUCCUCCUAUGGGUCAAAGUUUGUAGUACACUAAGAGCUGAGACGGAUUCUACCUGCACACACUGGUGUGCCCUCGUCCCAUUGAUCACUCUGUCUUAGUACCCCAGUCCCCAAUUCAACAUUUACCACUCCCAGGCCUCACAGUAUGUUGCAUUAUGGGACGUUAAAAAGAUCUAUGUAAACAACCACUUUUCUGUCUCUCUGUUGAACUGAGUUUAUAAUGGCAGUAAUUAGAUUCUGAUUCAGGCAUUUCGGACUGAUGAUGAUUCAGUAAUGAUGAUGCUGAUUAUGAUGAAUCUUCGGUCUUUUCCUGAGCUCUUAAUGUUCCAGACCUAAACGGAGGAAUCAUUUAUCUUGUGUGGAAAAGACUUGAUCAUUGUUAAUGUUUUUAUUUGUGCAUAGUGUAUGAUGUCUGAAAAAAAGAAUUCUAUAAUGCUUUUGGUUUCAACACUGGCUCUUUUUUUGCUUUCUAGAGAAGCAAAAGCGUUUUUAGCUGAAAAAGAAAUAUGCGGUAUCACAAUGUUACUAAUUACUGAAGGAUAAUAUUUCAAAAUGGACAGUUUUUCUUUUCUUUCAUACACACAAUUUUUUAUUUUCUCUUUAAAAUGCAAGGGAGAAAAAAAAAGUGAAAUAUUUAUCUUCUAUCUUUUAGUCCUCACUGAUUUCAUGUCAACAGAAAACUACCUACCUGGUGUCUGAGAGUAUUUGUAUUUUUUAUUUGUAUAUUUUUCAUACUGUUGGAAGGAACUAUUUGGAUCUGGGUGUGUUGAAGUGUAUUUUCUAAGUGUAGAUAUGUAAUAUCUUCUCACAGUAAUCACUGGGAUCACACUGAACUUUAUUAUCAUGUUAGCAUUUGGUGUUCUGUUUAUGUAGUCUUUAAUUGAUGGUGAGGUCUGAAAACCAGCGCUGUGUUUAUUUUUAUCCCCUCUCGUACCUUGCUACACGAUAAGAUCAGAACAGCUUCCUCACUUACAGUUUUUCACAUCAGAAGGUUGAAGAGAGCACUUCUGAUAACGUUUAUACUUUAGUGAGAAUGAUGUAGCCUCCCAGAAUUUAGGUUAUACAAAAUUCAAAUGUAUCUUUAGUUAACCAGCCUCCACACCAUGAAAAGUCUGACCUUUAAGAGUAUACAGCUUUACAUUCUUUGUUGCAAACGGCCGUUUCAGACGUAUACUGAGGGAUACAUAAAACACAUCGAUGUCUAAUACUCAUAUUAAAAGAUGGUAUUUUUCUUUUUAAUGGCUGUGUUUCUGUCCGGCAGUGAAGGUAUAGCAGGGAAUGGUCCCGUCUUAGCGUAACACCUCACACAAUAGAGUAAGCACAUGUAUAAUAACCACUUAUUGUGGACCUUUGUGUGUGAGAGAGAGGCUGCACUCUUCCUCUCUCACUUUAUUGCUCUCACACUCAUGCACACAUACUCACACGCAGUUUACACCACACGUUCCCAUGCUGCUGUUGCAGUUGCAAUACAUAUUCAUUUGAACUGUGAAAUCCUUUUUUUCCCAAUAUUGACGCACACCUCCCCAUAUAAGACUCAUCUUACAUCAUUUAAGGCCCAGACAUCAUUUUGAAUUGAAGCUGCCUUUAGCCAAUAUUGCAACCAGAUGCUGAAUGGAUUGAACUCUUGUCAGUACACAAGAGACCAAUCCUCAAUUUUUGAUGAAAUGCUAAUAUGUCUAACUGUAAAGCUACAAACACAGGACAGGUCUGGACCUUUGUUUAUUCAGUAGUAGCAUUAAAACACCUACACAUACAUACAUAUACCCCAUUUGUCUCUUCCCAACUGGAAACCAAAUGUAAAAGUGAAGGAUUUUUUUUCUUAUUUUUUUUUACAUAAUUCAAAAUUACUGGUUGAUUUUCUGCUCUGCUGUAGUGCAGCACUGUACCAGACACAUCUUACUACUAAGUGUUUACAAUUGUGCUGGUCUAUCUCUCUCACUUCCUGAAGGUAGAUGGAAGAAGCAGAAGAAAGUCACAGAGUCAACUAGUCACAAAUUGAGGAACUGAGUGCUGGAAAAUCAUCCUUUAAACCUACCCCCAUUUAAUUGCACUGUGUUGUAUAAAAAUGUGCUGAAUGUUUUAGUUUUAGGGACAUUUUUUGUAAUGUAUUUAUGUUAUGCAGAACUUUUCCCCGUCCAAAAUGCGUCAUCGUUCUACCUUGAAGGACUUUCUGAAAGAUUUUAACCCUUGCAGAAAACUCUUCUUUUUUUUUUCUUAGUGGCAAACAUGUUUUCUUAAUGAUUCCUCUGAUGUCCAGUCCGUAAUGGAGAAAAUCACAACGAAUGUCAAAACUUUUAUUUCCAUAUUUUUAAUUUCAUUUCAGUUCCACUACACUCUUGUCCAAACUAUGCAUGGGAAAUAAAAAAAGUUCUGAGAGACACUGA